CUCUUUAAAGGAUUAACAAAGAUGUCCUGCAUUUUCCCCUUGGAUCUCCCACCAGGCUACAUUUCAGGUUUCUCUGCCGGGAAGUCCACCCAGCACCACACUUUUCCAAGCGACUCCAGAGUCUGGCACUAACUUCCACUUGACUCUGAGCAAGGAUUUCAUCGGCAUUGGGAUUGCUGCCCUGACUGGAGGCUGCAGUGCCAACCUUACCAAAGGAGCAGGGAAACAACUCAUGACAACUGACUUGGCAAGUGCAAUUACAAAGAUUUCUGAGCGUUUCCCUGCUCCACAACCUUUGGUGGUAAAGAUAAGAGGAUCAAAUUUUCCACUCAUUUCUAUAGACAGCCAGAGUGUUGUGGUGAAACAGCCUCUUUUCUCUGAUGUGUUUGUACGUGGUCAGUUUGUCCUGCAUUGGGAAGUUGUCAUCAUCUUCAAUGCAAAGCUCUCAGCUUCUAAUGGCAAACUGUUAAUCUCUUUGUCACAAGAGAGCUUUGAUGGUGUUCAGGCAUCCUCAUCUGUUGGUUCUACCAAUGCCCAGAAGCUCCAUGAGUACAUCAACAACCUUCAUACAAACAGCUUCCUACCAGCCAUGAAUGGCAUGCUCAGGAGAGGAAUUACCUUGCCUUCCAUGCUAAAUGUCAAGUGGACCAAAGUCAACACUGCCCUUUUCCAGGAUGGUCUAGUGAUUUCAAUGUGACCAGUCAAAUUAGCAGCACCUUGAAGAGGCAGAAUGUUAAAAGAGUUCAUCAAAUGUUCACUUCAAACUGAUUGGAUUAUACGUUCUAAUGCUCUGGGAUUUAUCAUAUUUCAGCUGCCAAACUGAAAUUGUGAUGGCUGUUAAUUCAGUUUGUUGUAGGUACUGCAUUUCUUGUAUAUCCUGUAAUA